UAGUGUCAAGUGUUUUCCUACGUUUCGUGUCGUUGUCGGUGCCCGGCCCAGCCGUGUCGUAUGUGUCACCAGAUCUCAGACAAAAACACAUCGCCCGCGCAUCGGCACUGAUAAGUGAACCGGAAAGAUAAAUGCUAAAUGUGCUACAAGAGCAGAAAUCGAACCUCGACUCCGCAUUUUGCGCCGGUGGAAAAUGCUUCGAUAGCGUGUGUUGGUGUUUGUGUAUGUGUUUGAGGAAAAAAAUGUGGGUUAAUGAGUAGUGUGGAAAUAGUGUGAGCGAAAAAGGCCUGCAGUAAUAAUAAUCAUAAUACACACAUACUCCCGAGCCAGCCCGUUUGUGACGUGAGUGAGUGCGAGAAAGAAGGAAAAGUGGAAUCACCACCGUCGUUGCCGACGUCGUCAGCCGAAGCCGGGUGAAAUUAAAGCCAAAUUAGUGCUAUUCAAUUGUGUGUAGAACGGAGUGAAAGGACGACGCCACGGGGCAACGGAAAGUGACGUCAGAGCCGACGAAGGAGAAGAAUUGGGUAACUAAAUAGUGAUUGUGCCGAUUUUGCUGAUUCGAUUCGAGAAGAAAAACCAGGGAAACGAAGCGAAAAAGUUUUAUCACGACUGAAGCAGAUUUUCCGGAACCAAAAAAGAUUUCCACACAUUCCGCAGUAUACGACGAAAUCCCUAACCACGUUUGCUCAACAAUUGAUCCAACCGGCACACGCCAUCGACCAGCUGCACCACAGCAACUGCAAUCAUGCAACUGGGUUGGGCGUACGAUGGCGUCAAUGCUUCCGUACCGCGGAACACCGGUCCAGAAUGUGCCAGUUACCUGACGCCCACUCGGAAACUAGUGGAAUCGGUGAUCGUCGUACCGAUAUGCUUCAUUGCAAUCAAACUGGCCAUUGGCCGGCUGAAACCGAUCACCUUCCGUCGGAACAUGCCCUUCAUUGCCGCCCCAGCCGCGACUGCACACGGUAGUUCCUUGGGCUUUCGCAGCAGUAGUAUUAGUCACCUUGCCAGCAGCAGCAAUCACAACCUGCAGCAUCACUACCAACGUAUCGGCGGAGGUAGCGGCCACCAUCUGGAGCCGGAUCACCGGGAGCUGCUACUGCACCAAACGCACCACCGCCGAUCGUCGUCGGUGGAGUACUGCAGCUGCCAUCGGUGCAACAGUGCGGCCCACAAUCCCACGGUCACGGUCGAGGGGGAAGCUCCCAGCUGGGCCAAACAGAUGCUGCUCAUCAUGAUGACACUGACGCUGGGCGUCGAAAUAGGCUUUAAAUUUGCAACUAGGACUGUUAUCUACAUUUUAAAUCCUUGUCACAUCACCACGCUGAUGCAGAUCUAUCUUCUAGCGUGUAACAAGCCGAAGAAAAGCUCGACGGCGCUGUUCCGGUUGCAGAUGAACUACCUGAACGGGCCACUGCUGGCGUUCAUGUUCCCGGAAACGGACAGCCGGCAGUUGCCGCUGGAGGCGGCUGCCUACUGGAUUCAGCACGCGCUGAUGUGUAUCAUACCGAUCUUUCUGCUACGAACUGGGGGGGUGUACAAUAUGGAGGCUAUCAACGAUUUUUCCUGGAAUAUCAUCGGAUACGCAACACUCAUCGCGUACCAUUAUGCCUUGCUGCAGGUUGUUUCCAUUCCCUCACAGGUCAACCUGAACCACAUGCUCUGCCCGGCCCUCAAGGACCCCUUCGAGGGUCCCAACUACCGCGCCAUGGCCGUUGUCCACGAGGCCAUCCUGUGCACCCUGCUUUGCAAGUUGGUAACCUUCCUGUUCAGCCCUCUUCCACCGGCCAUCGUCACCAAUCCACCGUUCAUCAAAAAUGGUGGCUCCGCUUCGGCGGAACCCUCACUGGCGCCCACCCCAUCACCUUUAGCUACCACGUCUGCUCCUCCAGGUGUCGCUUCACAUCACUACAUCUCCCGGUCAUCUUCGCGACCUUCGUCCCGAUCGUCAUCCCCGGCAAAAUCCGUAUCCAUGCUGCAGGAAAACAACAUCAUCAUCAAGACCAGCAAGAUUGACUAGUGGCCGUCGACUAUGGUGGCCUGUGGUGAGAUUGAACUGGGAACUGAGCGGUGAUCAGCGGUAGCUGAAUGCAACGCCAGAAGGAGCCCCUGUGUAGAUAUUACAUUUUACUCACAUGAAUUUGAUCUCCGGUCAACUCCGGAAACCGAUGAUACUCCCCGAAAGUUUGCUUUGAAACAGGUCCAAGACCAACUACACAUCAACGGCAUCAUCAUUCAACAUGUUGUGAAUUUUUAGAUUAAACUCCUAACACUAAUCCUAUCAAAGUUUUUCCCUUUUCAUCUUUCUUAUGUAUGUGACAGCUGUCAGAUACGCAAACACAAACAAAAGCUUCAAAAUGAUACCCAAAAUAUUCAAGCAAAAGUGCGAACAUAAUUUAAGAGCGAGCGAACGGAAGAGCGAACCUUGUUGAUUGCCUUUUAAUUGUAUGAAAUUGACAACACAAAUAAACAAAAACAAUUGAUCAGAGUAAAAACAAAAUAAGUAGUAUUAAAUUAGUUUUUAAAUAAUUCACGAAUGACAGAAGUGGUGAGGAACAGGGUUAUGAAUAAAUCAAUGCAUAACCUCAAAUUUACAGGCAUCAGCUGAGGGCUUUGUUUACAAACAAACAAACAAAUAAGCAAGUCUAGAUAAACAUUUCAAAAUGUCCUAUCUUCUUUUAUCGAUUCUCUUUUGCUAACCCAGGGUAUGUAAACAGAUUUUGAUGUUACUUUGGCAACAUAGUUUGAUAAAGGAGAAUCUCAUCUAGCGUCCAGAAGUCAAACAUAGCAGUGAAUGAUUUUGCAACUGAGUUGUUGACGAAAGCGAAAGUCGAUGAAGAGAAUCGCUCAAAGCAGAUAGGACCCUUUGAAAUGUUCAUCUAGAUGUGAUGGGGUUAUUGCACAGCUUUGAUUCAAAUUUCCCAAACAGUACAUCAAAAGAUUAUAGGUCAAAUCGAUUGGAAAACACAGUCAGUGAAAUCGUCGAAGGCGGGUUCGUGCAAUAAAGGAAAAUAAAAAAAAAGAAACAAAAACUGUGUUUUGUGAUAUCAAUCAUUACCUUUCUGCGCUAGCGUAUGGCGGUAGGAAAAUAGCAUUUUUACUCUUAAUUCUUGACAGUAGGUUCUGUUUGCUGAUACACCAACACACUGCGCAGCAUUUGUGAUAGCUUUAAGAAUAAUAUCCAAGACGUUUAUCAGUCACUCACCCUCUCGGCGGAGUGAAAUGAAGGAAAGAAAUUUUAUUGGCUUGUAAAUUGCAAGCAAAAAGUUAAAUUUACGAAGCACUAAAAGUGUGAACGGAACAUGCGUAUUGAAAAAGUGUUACCACUGAUUUUAAUCUGAAUAUUCAAUCAUUUAUUACUACCCCCCCCUCUCUCUCUCUCUCUCUAUACAUAUAAAUAAUUCAAACAUUUUUAAAAGAAAUCUACUUCUGAAGACAUUAAAGGACAAUACCUUUACAAUCCGUCAUUUCUCGUGUUAUGUUGCUGCGUUACUGAAGGAUUAAGUAGAUAUUGUAACAGUAGACGAACAUUAGGCAAACAAGAAGCUAGGAGGAGCAAACCUUUCCAAAGCAAGUACACGGAAAACAUUUUUUACGAAGAGUGAGAGUAGAGCAAACCCACACAUUUAUUUAGCGAAAGGUAACAUAACCUAAAAUUAAGACUAGCACGUCAACUACGUACGGUAGGCAAUGUUUGAAACAUUUUUAUCUUUCUCGAUGAAGCGUCGUUAAACUCAACUCAGCUAUUAGUUAGAUUAGUUCACAUUUUAAUCAACACGGAAAUAAAGUGACGGCAUGCAAUGCAGUACGGUAUAAUCAAGCAACGGCAUCAAAGUACGAUGCGAGUUUUUCAAACAUUAAUUUUCAACAACGUACUUCUGCUUUCAACUCCUUUUCCACGAACAACGACUGCACCGGAAGAAGAAACCGAGCAUAACACACUAAAUUGAAACCAUUCAGAAAACGGAACCACGGACAAAACGAUCAAUUCAGUGUGCCUUCGAGUGAGAACUAGAACAAGUGAAAUCUGUAAAAAACGAAAUGCUUAAAUUACUUUCGGGUGGAAGCCAAGCUUUCUAAGCUGAUCUUUUUGUAUCUAUUGUACGUGAUAGUUUAAUUUCCCGUUACUCUUGCUUCCCAAAAAGAAACCGUUUCACGCGAUUUGGAGAGGACGAACCAAACACACACAAACGCACGGUACAACCGUCACGUAACUGGAACUAAGUCAAUAUGCAAUAAUUUGUCGCCUAUAGGUAUGCAAAGAAAAUCUUGAAAGCAAGAAACUUAUGAUUAGACCAUGACUCGCGGAGUCACGGAGUAUUAGCUUGUGGAUAAAGACAAAAUUAUUCGCGAUUUCCACUAGGAAACGAAUUGAACUGUUUGGAUUUACCGUCUGAAAGAAAAUUAAAAAAAAACCGGAAGAAUGAAAGUGAAAUAUAUCUACGACAUGACACCAUUCCCCUCCCCACAGUUCGAACUAAUUACUUUAACUUAUGAAAACAGAAAUCAAUUCUGAAGACAAAAUAAAAUAAUGAAAAUUAAGAUAGCAAAAAAAAAGCAACAGGCUAUUGAGAGACCCCUCGGCAGAAGUGGAACGUGAGGGUGUCUGAAAGCAAGAAAAAAAAACAAAGAACUAGUGAUAAUAAAACGUUACUGAGAAAGAACCGGUGUCGUUUGAUUUGAUUGGAUCAAGAAGAAACCUGUCCCAAACAUUCACUAUUAUUUGAAGUC